UCCCGCCUGCCCCCCUCCAAGAGGAGGAGAAGGAGGAGGAGGAGAGGAGGAUGGUAUUAAAGGGCGGACAGUUCCGGGACUGUUAGUGGCAGCGGACAUGGCUGAGAAGAGCAGCGAGCUGAACGGCCCCGCGGGCUCGGUGUGCAGGCGGUGUGCGGCCUCGGGGGACAAAGGGGUGGGCUCCAAGUGGGUCCGGCUCAAUGUUGGGGGGACCUGCUUCCUGACCACCAGGCAAACUCUGUGCAGGGACCCCAAAUCCUUCCUGUAUCGGCUGUGCCAGGCAGACCCAGACCUGGACUCAGACAAGGAUGAAACGGGUGCCUAUCUAAUAGACCGAGACCCAACAUACUUUGGUCCAGUAUUGAAUUACUUGAGACACGGAAAACUGGUGAUAAACCGAGACCUUGCAGAAGAAGGUGUUCUGGAAGAAGCGGAGUUCUAUAACAUCACAUCUUUAAUUAAACUUGUAAAGGACAGAAUAAGAGAAAGGGACAGCAAAACGUCACAGGUACCAGUUAAACAUGUGUAUAGAGUGCUGCAGUGUCAGGAGGAGGAACUCACACAGAUGGUCUCAACCAUGUCUGAUGGCUGGAAGUUUGAACAGUUUGUCAGUAUAGGUUCCCUUUAUGGAUGCGGGCGGGAUCACCAGUCAGAGUUUCUGCUCAUUGUAUCAAGGGAAGUGAAAGGGGAGGAGACAAGUUUCCAGAAAUGCAGUGGCGAGCUUGUCAGUAUUGGCUCUUCCUAUAACUAUGGAAAUGAAGAUCAAGCAGAAUUCUUGUGUGUUGUGUCUAAAGAAUUGCACAAUACCCAGUAUGGAACAACUAGUGAACCCAGCGAAAAAGCAAAGAUUUUGCAAGAAAGAGGCUCCAGAAUGUGAAGAGGCUCUUGCAAAGUGAAGUGAUCUUUUCCAAUUAUUUGAAGCAACCAAUGUCCAGAUGCAAAGAGUUGCCAACAGAGUCACAUCAAGAAGAAACCUGCUUUAGUUAAAUGUAGAAUAUUGACCUGCUUUUGGAAAGAUGCACUCUAUCAGAUGCUGCAGAAAAAUUUAACCUUAAUUUCAAAUGGGACAACUUGUAUUUUGGGGGGUUAACGGCUUCCACCCGCCACCCCAUUCCCUGAACCCCUCUUCAUCCAUCGUCUGCAGCAACUUGUUAUAAACUGGCUUAACACUAGAACGGGCAAUGCAAAUGAAGAUUAAAACUGACAACUUGUAAAUACAAUAAAUCGCCCUACUCCACGACUGAGUGUGUCCUUUGAGACACUAAACAGACCCACUCGUUGAUAAUUGUAUUUGAUAUAAAGAACCUUUAGCCGGUGUUUUUACUUGCUAAACCAACCCUGACAAUUUGGUUACCCCCUCGUUAGAAAAUCCCUUUAGAAGACCUCUUCUAAGGCAGAUUGUUUAUAAAGAGAUCUGUGUAUUUAAA